ACUACUCCACGUCCAGAUUUUCGCGAGUCAAGGUGAAGAGUGCAGCGCGAGUCCAGAGAGUCGGGUACUGCGGCGCGAAUCGGUUCGGAUCUCUGUCGAUUUGUCAUGGGAGUGACGACGAAAGCGUCGGGCGGCCCUUGAGAUUUUUUCGAUUUUAUUCGGAAAAUUUAAACAAUCGUUUUCGCGAAAGAGAUAAAACACUAAACGAAAAGCAAUGGAGAUUUCGUUGCGACUCAGUCGUUGGUUAGUAAUAAUGAGUUUGGCGUUGACACUGAUUAUAGGUGGCAACCACGCCAUGAGGCUGCCAAGGCUCGCACGAGAAGACGAGGAUGGGUCGCUGCAAAGCAUAGAGGAGGACAUACUGGAGGAGGAGGAGAGCAGCACAGAGGAGACGAGCCACGACGCUAACGGCCGAGGUCAGCACUUCGACUACAAAAAGAGCGACGAGUGGCCGAACGAGUAUCCGAUCUGCGCCGGCGAUCGGCAGUCGCCCGUCAAUAUCGAGCUCCACCAUGUCAGGUCCAUGGAGCCGGGCAGGCCGCCCCUCGGUAGAUUUGGAUACGACAAGAAACCUACGAGAAUGAAGAUCGUUAAUAAUGGUCAUACGGUUCAAUUGAGCGGCGAGUGGCCCGCGAAGGAUACACCGACCAUUUACGGAGGACCAUUGACUGGUCUGUACGAACUUGCUCAAAUUCAUUUCCAUUGGGGUCCGGAUAAUACCGCAGGUAGCGAACAUACAGUAGCUAAUCAGAGCUUCCCUCUGGAAAUGCACCUUGUUCAUUGGAAAAAAUCGUAUGAAAAUAUAAGCGAAGCUAUGCUUCAUGACGAUGGUUUAGCUGUUAUUGGAUACCUUAUGUCUGUGGAUAAAAAUCCAAACACAGGGUUGGAGCGAAUGCGUGCCAGUUUUAAUAAAAUAUUAAGACCUCAGCAAACCACAGAAAUCGAACCUUUUCCUCUCACAUUAUUCGACUUAGAUUUACUUAAAGAAGGAUAUGUUACAUAUGUAGGUUCACUUACAACACCACCUUGCAACGAGUCUGCUAUUUGGUUAUUGUCAGUGCGUAUCAAAGAUGUGACAAUGGAUGAGAUGGACUCAUUUAGAAAACUUAGAAUGGAAAAUCAUAAUGAGCAUAAUUACAGAAGAGCUCAACCACUGAAUGGAAGAUCUAUUACUUAUUAUUACGAUAUUUUUGGAAUUCACUAACUACAUUUAAUUGAUUCAAAAUGACACAUUAUAUUAAAAAUAGUAUUCUAGCCAAAGGUUUAGCUGUAGCGAAUGGUGUUUAUGGUUAAAAACUUUAGAUUUAGUAAUUUAAUAUUAAAACAUAAACAUACAAAGACAUAAUUAAUAGUUAUGGUAACAAACUGAUGUUUCAAAUGAAAUUUUAGGAAAAAAAUUUUAAAAUACUAUCAUCUAUACUAUUGAUUGUAAAAUGAGAACUAAUAAUUUGUAUAUAAAAGUAAUGAUAUUUGUAUAUGCAUAAUAAGCUAAAUGAUAUUAACAAUGUUCUACUUCGUUAGAUAAUCAACUGCGAAUGCCGCUCAUGAAAACUGAUAAAAAAACUGAAAGAAAAAACUUACAUAGUCGAAGUCAUAUGGGUAGUACAUGAUUGCCAAAUGGGUCGCAAUAGAGUGCAUCCAACAAAGUCACUGUGAUAUAAUUCGUAAUUGAAUUACGCCAACGUUAUAUUUCUAAACAAUAAAACUGGUACAAUUCAUUAGA